AAUUUAGCAGAGUAGAGUUGUUGUUGUUUUAAGUUUAGCUAGCCGUUUCUUUUAGCUAGCAAACGUUCCUCACAAAUAAAAGAGUACAGAUACAAUUAAAAUAUGUGACUUGUCAGGGUACAUUUGGUUAGCUGAUAGACCAUGCCGACAGCAGAGCAUGUUCAAUUUGAACCCGUAUAUGUUCAAAUUAACCAGUCAGCAGCUGUCUGCAUUUUUAUCAUGGUGUCAGAGUAAAUUCGUGUUUCCACAAGAUGGUCUCGGGUGAGGUAACUAAUUACUGACAGAGUAAAAUGUGGUGAAUUUAUCCUUGACUAAAAGUAUUUAUAUCAAUUGUGCUGAUGUUCUAAGCUCGACUGGGAACUCUGCCUGAGGUUAAAGUUGGUUGACCUAGCAAAAAACCCCCCAAAAUAAUAUUUUGUGUUUGUGUGCAUACGACUUGCAUUUGCUUUCUGUAAUUGUAAGCAUAAUGUAAAGUGUGGGAUUGUGGCAUGUCCACAGUGGUAUUUAAAUAGUUUAAAAGAAAUUUCUCUUACACAUUUGGAUUUGACACCUUAUUACAAGUUUAAACUGAAGUCUGUAGAUGUACAUUUUAAAAUUCAAUUUUGUUCAGUCUUUAUGAUUAAUUUUUUUUCAGUGUUGCAUUGUAGUGUUUUAGAGAAGGUUUAUACUUAAAAUAGCUUGUUAACUCAAAAGCUUCAAUAAUUCUUUGCAUUACAAAAGCUUGCAGUAAAUUUCAAAAUGCAUUGGACUUGCAAAAAUUGCAAAUUUGAAACAUCAAGAAGGAGUGAGCUCUUAAAGCAUUACAGGCUUAGACAUAGCCAUGGUGGACUGUUUAUGCCUUGCCUAUACUGGGAUUGUUACUGCUCAUUUAAAACAUGGAGUAGCCUCCGAAGCCAUUUAUCAAGAAGCCAUUCAUCCUCUGAUAUAGUGACAUUUUCAGAGGUCUUAUCUUUCAAAUGUCCAUGUUGCUCUUUAAGGACAUUUUCGACUGAAAGGGAAUAUUUUAAGCAUAUUGGGCACCAUUUAAAAAAACUGGAAACUGUUGCUUGUGUUUUUGAAAACUGUAACUUCAGAACAAAUGUUCAUGGAACAUAUGCUUCUCAUAGGAACCGAAAACACACUCCUCACUCAUUGGAUGACUUCAAGCCUGAGCUGAUACAGAGGUGUGUCAAUCGUUUGAAUACAGGAGAUGAUCCUCUUGAGGAACAUAUUGAAAAUCCAUUGAGUGAAGAUGAAGCAAAUGCAGAGGAUGAAGAAAUUGACAACCUUGGUGCACACUCUCUUGGAGGAUUUGUGGAGAGUUUCUCAAGUGCGUAUGUCUGCAGGUUUUGUCUUGGAGAACGGUCCCAAAUCCAAGUAUCUCAAUGUCUCAUCCUGCUAAACUUCGGAUCAUACUCAAAGACCAUAACAUUCGAAAAUUGGACUUACCACAUGGAAUCCCUGGAACAGUGGAGGAACUUGAAUCUAUUGUGAAAGACACUUUUGAGGUUGAUGGAAAGUUUACUUUGCACUAUAAGGAUGCUGACUUUGGAGAAGAAUAUUUUUCUCUGACAUCAACAGGUGAUAUCAAGGACAAGGACACACUCAAGGUGGUUCAGAUUAUUGAACCCCCCACAGUUACUCUGACAUUUAGUGAUGUAGACAGUUCCUUUAUAUCUGCAUCAGAGACCUUGGUCAAUGCUUCAGCAAUGUCAGAGACUUCCAGUGUGUCCUGUGGCACCAGUUGCUCAUCUGGAUCUCAGGAUACAGUAAUUCUUUCCUCACCUGAACAUCUGAGUCAGCGUUUACAGCGCUGGCCUACCAGUUUUUCUGUUCCUCGCUUUGCUUAUGACACUGAGCUUUUACUUGCUUCAGGAAAUGAAGCUUUCAAAAAGGAUGGAACUAAACUCAACUUUAUUCCAGUUCUUCCAGAUAUCCUUGAGAAAUUGGCUGAAACGAUCUUUCAGUAUGUUGCCUACCCAACAUCUGCACAGUUAGCAGAUGUAGCUGAAGCACUUGUUCGACAGCAUCCAUGCCUUAAAGAACCAGGAUCCUAUAAUGGAUGCUAUGGAUGGCAACAAAGACUAAAAUAUAAAAUGGGCAAUUACAGAAGUAAACUCAGAGGGCUUGGGUGCCUUGAGCUGGAUGUGAACUCUCUCAAAAGAAAGCAAGCACAUGAGAAGACACCUUCAAAGAAUCUUAAAAAGCCAAGAAAGGCUGAGGUGAACUAUUUGCCACCUAACCCACAAGGAGAAACAGAGGAAAGUUUGGAAAAGGAAAGAUUGCAACUUCUUGAUGAAGUGAAGAAGAGGAACAACUAUCGGAUCAUCAGUGAAAAAAUGGCCAAAACAUUCUCGAGUCGCAGACAGGAAGUUGUUAAUCUGGCACCACCUGUCAGUGACUUCAAAAGUAGAUGGCCUGCACUUUUUGAUGCAACACAGAUAAAUGACGAGUUCCAAAGGAUCACCACUGUUAACUUGGAAACAACAUUCAUGGCAAAACUGGACCAGUAUUCCGCAAGAAUAAUGUCCCUGGCCUCUUCAAAAGCAGGUGCUGCAAAAAUUAAGAUCGAGCGCAUCAGGAACAUGCUGCAAGAGAGUUCGGUGGAAAUAAAGAGAGAGGUCGCAAUCCGUUGCCUGAUGGUGUAUCUGAAAGAGAAAGAAGAGGAUCUCUUCAGAGAACAGCUGGAUGGUGAAGAACAGUUCCCAGAAGAAGUGGUAAAGAUUGUAGUCACCAGACGUGCAGCAGUGUCUCUCCCAGCCAUCGCUAAAAUUGUGAUUGAAGGAACAGCAGUCCUGGAAGACCUUGAUGUGCCCAGAGCGUGUGCCUUAAUGAUGGGGCUUAUAUACGCUCUCAAUCUGAGCUACCCAAAACAAGUAAAGAACACUCUAGAGGUAUUCCAGAAGGUAUUUCUGGAACUUGAUGGGCUUAAAGCCAGUCCACGGGUAAUGUCUCUUAAGUGCAAACUUCUGUUGUGAAACGAAUGUGAAUUGGAGUGUAGCAUUCCGAUGUGCCUCUUACGUUUUUGUAUCCAGUCCUACAUGAAUGUAGUUUUGAGAGAAGUUCGUAUUACAUAUAACCUUAGCUUUGGAUUGUUCCAUUGUUGAACAUUAAAAUCUUUUUUCAUUUCCUUGAUUCUGUGACAAGUUGACUAAGUUGAUACCAAUUUAAGUUAAUGUUAAUGUACAUGAAGAACUUUUUUUUGCUUAGUCAUUUAUAAUUAAAGGGCUGCGUAAUGUUUCAUUUAUGUUGUAUUGACACAGAAGUGUAUUACUUUGAAAAAGUUUUGUAAUAAAAUAAUAAAUUGGAAUAAGUGAAA